ACUCGAUAACUUUCACUCUCGCUGUCUCUCUCUCUGUCUCUAUCUCUAACCUCUCUGGAGCAGAAGAAGAGAUCUAUCUUAGCCACGGCGGAGAUAAACGAUUAGCUCUGUUAUCUUGAUCAUGAUCGCCAGAGAAGCUUUUUCAUCUCAAUCUUCUGAUAAUAGUUACUAGUUUUUAGUUUCUGUAGAUUUCGAGGUUACCCUCUUUGUUUCUCUUGGCUUGUUUCCCAAAACUCAAGUGGGAUGUCGAUUGCUUUGGAUAGCAGUAGCAGAAAUAGGAUCGAUGGAUCUGGAUUCAUUCGAGGUAUGUCCUGUGUUCCGAUCUUCGAGUCGCCGGAUUCUGGUAGAUCCAUGGCUAGUGCUUUACCUGGGGAUCGUCGGUUCCCUUCUGGUAAUCUGGCGAUGCCUUCUUCGAUGAAAGUAGAACAACAACAACAACAACAACAACAACAACAACAGCAACAGAAACAGAAACAACAAACACAGGAAGAAGAGCAGCUUGAUUCUUGCAGUUCUUCGAUCGGGAGGAAUAGUGAUUUGUCGAGUAGGUCAUCCGAUGGUGAAGAUUCGGGCGAGAUAGAGGUGCAGAGCUCUUAUAAGGGUCCCUUGGAUUCCAUGGAUGCGUUGGAGGAGGUUCUUCCCAUCAGGAGAAGCAUUUCCAACUUCUACCGUGGCAAAUCAAAGUCCUUCACGAGCCUAGCAGAUGCUGCUGCUUCCCCCAUUAGAGAGCUUGCCAAACCAGAGAACCCUUAUACCAGGAAACGCAAGAACCUGUUGGCUUGCAAUAACUUUUGGGAUAGGAACCGGGGUUCCCCUCUGAGAAGUAAUGGUGGUGGGAUAUCAAAAAGACCAUUACACUCCAGUCGAAGUACAUUGGCUUUUGCAGUUGCCAUGAGCAGUUCAGAAAGCAAUUCAACCAGUGAGAAUUCGAAUUCAAACUCAUCGUCUCCCACACGGUUUCCUCUCCCUCUGCAUCCACAAGUUAAGCCAGCAAUUGCUAAUGCUUCCUUGUCACCUCCUCGACGAAACUUCUCUUCCUGGAGGUCAUACUCCCUUGCUGAUUUACAGUGCGCUGCUUCAACUAGCUCAGUCAUCAGCAAUAGAGACUAAGCACAGCGUACUAGCCCCACCUUGUGCUCCCCUCUCUCUCUCUCUCUCUCUCUGAUGUUAAGCAAUGUUGUUAGUCUUGAGUUGUCUGUAAAUUGAUGUCCUCAGACUCAAUUGAAAAUGCUGGAGUUUUUGGGCAUUUUGGGUACAUAAUAAGGAGAAAAUUUUGAUAAUUGGAUAAUAUGAGUUCUCUGAGGCUGAGCUUCAGAGAGAUUAGGCACUGAGGAGAAGUUUGUCAGGACUUCAAUUCAAGAUUCACUUCUGAAGUGUGAAAUGUGUUAUUAUUAGGAUUACUCUCUGCCUGUGUUCACUGGCCAAAGUUUAUGGAAUAGUUGUUAAAUUGUCA